CAGUAAAUUUGGUUUAAUUAUAGAUUUAGUGCUAAUUUGUGGCCAAAAUGAGUGAACACUUAUCUAAAGGCGAUUCCAAUGAAGUGAAGACAUCGUUAACUGAAUUGCAAAACAGGAAACGACUGUUGACUCAAAAGUUGGCCGCAAUUCAGUCUAAAUCUCAUGAUUUGCAGCAAAAACUGGAUAAUCAACGGACGAAGACAUCGCUUCUCAACGAUUCCAACCAUGAGUUGGAACAACACUUGUCUUCACUGAAGGCUGAGUCCAACGAAUUGAGCGAAAAGACGGCAACUCUUGAACAACAACUCACUGGAAGUCGUGAUUGUGUCCAACGAUUGAGACAACAAUUGGUAGAGAAACGCAAUCAACAGUCGAUUGUCGUGGAUCAGUUUAGUCAAGAGAUUGACGAAUUCAGUCGACAAUUCAGUCGUUUAACGGUUAAUAACAAUCGUCGAGAUAUUGGACACAAAAUGAAGGCAAUCGAUGGACAACUGGAACACUUCCGCCAGAGAAGAGAUGAAUUGAUGAAAAUGAUGGACAAAAGCGUUGAUGUGGUUAACGACAGCCAAAGCAAUGAUGGGUUCAGCGAUUGGCCGAUUGAACACCGGGUGCUCUCACUGAAAGUGUUUGAAGACGAGCACCAAAUGCUGAUCCAACACUUGGAUUACAUUCAAAAUAUGAAAUAA